AAUGUAGCACGCGUUGAUUUUGAGUUUUUCCUCUGGUUGGGAGUACUCACUCGCAAGAAAUAUUGUUCAAAUGCUAGAAUCCGAGGAAAAGAAGCGUUGAUUUCACAAGGAAAUUAGGCAGUAACUAAUUAAAAGAACUGAAAAUGGAAGGACUAGAAACCAGUUUUCAGGUCCUUCAUCCACAAAGAGGAAAUCCAAAAUGGUAUGUUCACAUCGGAGACUUUGCCAACAUGCUGAAGGCAUUCAUUGGGUCCAACUAUCUGUCCAUUGCCUUCGCCUUCCACCAGAGUGGCCUCGUGCCGGGUGUCGUGUGCCUGCUUCUGAUUGCCAGCGUCACAGACCACUGUUGUCACAUGAUCGUCAAGUGCAAGUAUAAGGCUAUUGAUGCGGUUGUGUGCGUGGAGUCAGUGUCAGAGACUGGAGCCACAAAUGACGGCGAUGUCGUCAUUGAAAACACCUUCAGUUUUGAACUACGACAGAAGAUGCUGAGGAAUUUAUCCUAUGGAGAUGUGGGAAAAAUCAGUUAUGGAAGAUUCGGCCUCUACAUUGUAAAUUUUUGUAUAUUCAUCACACAGUUUGGAUUUUGCAUAGGUUAUUUCAUAUUUAUUGGCAAUACCAUUCAAGCCAUAUUUCCAUUUCAUAUGUGCAAUUUGAUGAAUGGCACGUAUCUAUGUGGGGGUGACAACAGGACUUCAAACUACGGUGACACCUCUCUAUCUAGACGGGAUGUGUAUUCAGGGAGCAAUAACUCUAUAGGAAGUUCAAUGACACAUUUUUACCUGGCUAAUCAAGAAUCAGACUCCGACCCAUCAAUGUUGGAACUAGACAGGAACACGACAGGAAUGAAUGUGACCAAUAUCACCGCUAUCUCCACAUCCAUACUCCUUUCCACUGCUCCAUCGCUCAAGUUGUUGGUUUUGCUGCCUUUACCGGUUUUCAUUGGAUUUUCCUACGUGAGAAAUGUGCGUCACCUCGGGGGAAUAAGUGUGGGAGCAAACAUUUCAAUCUUCUUUGGAGCUGUCGCUGUGUUGAUUUACCUGAUGGCAGAUUUCAGUGUUAGCCCCUCGUACAGGCUGUACAACUGGGCGGAGUUACCGAUAUUCUUUGGACUUGUCACCAGUGCCUUUGAAGGAAUUGGCACGAUUAUUCCUAUUGAAUCCAGCAUGGAGGGCAACCGGCACAACUUUAGUGCAUUCCUUCACGGAGCUGUUGGCACCUUGUCUUUGGUUCUGUUGGCCUUUGGUGUUCUGGGCUAUCUGAAGUUCGGGGAGUCAACGAGUCAGAUGAUCAACACCAACAUCCCCUCGACCACCUGGGUAGCCACGGCCGUCAACAUCUGCCUGUGUAUCGGGGUCAUUCUCACAUUCCCACUCCAGAUAUUUCCUGUGAUAGAACUGGCAGAAGUCUACACAUUCGCUGAUGGGAAAUGUUGUGGCCCCAAGAAAGGAAUCACUGACAGACAUGCUGACUACAGUGAUCAGGACGCACUGCUACCCUCAGACUCAUCCAGUUCUUCCCAUGUCCCACUAGCUGCUGCCAUAUCCAAGGAGGUGUCCACACUCAAGCGGAAUGUGCUGCGCAUGUUUAUAGUGGGUGUAGCAGCUGGUCUCGCCGUCAUCUUCCGGGACAAUUUCGCUUACAUCGGAGCAUUUACUGGUGCAAUCGGAAGCUCGAUGCUGGCCUACAUCUUGCCGUGUCUGUUCUACAACAAGUUGUGCGGCCCCAGCAUGCCCUGGUACAUCAAGGCCAAGAACAUCAUCAUCAUCAUCAUGGGCGUUUCAUGCAGUGUGAUCAGUCUGUACUCAACCAUCAGGAACUUGGUUGACAGUGCAUGAGAAAUAAUCCUAAAGCCUUGCUUGCAUUCCAUGUCAGACGUUCUUCCAGCCAUUUGAUAUCAGCUACAUGUAUCUGUAUUGUAGAAGGUGUCAAAUGUAUAUCUGGGAUAGGUAUUGAAUCAUUCCAACUUAUAUUUUUGCAAAUGUUUAUAAGGUUUUUAAUUCCAGAUGAAGAUAUACACCAAUUUUUAAGACCUAUGUUAAUCCCCAAAAUAUAUUUAUCACAUAUUUUUACACCUUUGUCUUGAAACUAGUUUCAUCAUCCGAAGUAGAAUGGGUUUUUCAGUCAUGGUUCUCACAUGUUGUAUUAGUUUGUUUGUUUCAUGUUGUGAAACAGUUCCUCCUAACAGCUUGUGAGGAAGACUUCAUGUAUGGAUGGACAUCUGGGACACCUGUGUCCUCUUCACCAUAUUGUUGGUUCAAGGUGGUGUACACCUCCACGCCAGUUUACUUUCUUGCCCAUGCUCUUAGAGAGUGAGUGAGUUGGGUUUAACACCGCUUUUAACAGUAUUCCAGUUAUAUCGCGGCGUGUCAGCUUAAUGUGGGAGGAAAGCCCGAAGUGAUGCCGGUUUCUAAAACUUUGUAUUUCUUGUUUAAACUGUUGUCUCCAAAUGGUGUCUUUUUUUAAAAUGAACCCCAUUUAAUGACUCCAAGGUCUUGCAUUUUGACCAAAAAAAUAUCUUUACACAAGAAAUUGAACUGGUCUGAUAUAUCCAAGUUUAUCAUUUGUCUUCUCAGGUUGGAGAUAAAAAGUUCAUUUGUAACAAACAUAAUAUUUUUGUAAAAUAACUAUUACACAUAUUGGAUAAAUGUAUGUACCCCCAUCUUAUACAAGUGCCAAAAGCUGUGAUGUAAGUGAAGUGAGGGCGAUUCUGAUGUAAACCCUGGAACAUGGCGACAGUGGAUUGAAAACAUCGUGACAUGCAACAGCGUAUUUGUUCUCUUCUAACAUGACACUGCUUGUAGGGGAGAAUAGAUAGUGUUGGUGAGCUAUCACAUGGGGACGUAAUGACAUGAUUACCUCACGUAUCAAUACAUAUUGUUGUAAUUAGGUCACGAUACAAUACUCAUUGUUAUGUUUAAUUUGUGUUUAUUUUGCGUAAAAUUUCCAUCAACCAGUUUGUGAUAUCUCGCAUGACUGGCUGUGACUGGCUUGUUGUGAUAAUAGUCUAGUGCAAACAGAUGUAGCAUUUUGUUUCAUGAUAGGCGUUACGUCAACGCUAGCUCAAGUCGUUAUCAGGCCAUGGCUAUUGCAACAUUUACUUGAUAAAAUGUUUUUGUAAAUUGGUACUGCAUAGAAACUCAAAUUGAUACACAGGAGGCAUAUCUUGUAUCGUAUCAUCAGAUAUUAGGGUGAAUAAGGAUGAAUCAUGACACCACUGUGGUAACCUGUAGAUUUAACCUGUCUUAUUGACUUUGGAACCGAACACGCAGUUAAAUUUAACAUUUGUAACCUCAUGCUGCGUGUUUGGUUUCAAAUUCAAUUUACCGCGGUUAAAUCUACAGGUAAUCUAGCUCCACAGUGAACACACAGUAUGUUUAUCUCCAUGAGUAGAUAAAAUGCGAACUCUUUGGUGAUAGAAAUUACAGUCCAGUGUUUUGAGUGGGUUGUUGAUCAGAAAUUACUGAAUCACCGACAACAGCAUUUAAACAAAAUAUAGCGCUCUAUAUGCUCAAGCAGUUUGUUUACAGCAUAGUAUGUUAUCUCCCAAUUAUGUGAUGAAACCAACAUAUGGAUAGCACCAGUUUAUAGUCCAUCUAAAGAAACAUCAAACAGUUGGUGAAACAAUGAGUAUCAACUCGGAGAUAGCCAUUACGAUGUCCUUCUAACUUGAACCUCCUGUAUGUCACUGAUCAGGUUGUCGCAUGCUGUAAUGGAACUUCUAUUUUCAAUGUUUGGAUUGAUAUUCAAUUUCGAUGUUUAGUCAUAUUUAACCAUACAAACACAAGCGGAGUCAUUUCUCCUGCUUAUUGGGAGAUUUAUCACCCUGUUUUUAAGAUAGUGCAGCUUGAGUGUGCAGCUACAUUACUAGCGUCAAUGCAUGUGUAUCCGUGCUUCACGUACAUAUAGGCCUUAUGAAAAUGUCGAAGUGAAAACCAGGAUCAUGGCAUGUACUCUUAACAUUACUCCUUUCACAUGAAAUUACGCACUUUUACCCAACUGAUGACGCAAAAGCUUCAUUAGUGUUGGCAUCUCUGCCUCUGCAUGUGCAAAAGAAUACCUGGGCAAGUGCAAUUUCUAUGGUAAAACAGGGGCUUGAUGAAUAUGAACACCUGUGACAAAAAAUAGAGCUGUAUUGUAAACUGAUAUACAUUAUAAUGUGUGUACUGUCAGGUGUGUUAUUGAUCACUGAAACUGAAAUAUUAAUAUGUUUAGAUCAUUAGCUGGGCUGUUGUACAAACAUCAGAUAUUUGAUUUGCAGUAAUGCACAUCAUGGAAACUCUGGAUCAUGUGACAUACUGCCAGGGUCACCUUGGGAAGGAAGUGACUGGCAUCCAGAAACCGGCUAUUUAAACUCCUUCCCAGUGGAUGUACAGGGGCUUCACGAAUAUGUAGUCUUCCAAUCAGAUAAUAUAUUUUCCCUGGAACAAAGACUCCUUUACACAUGUGUUGUUUCUGUUGGAUUUGACUGUAUUUAUUACUUCCUUCUGUGUUAAUGAAUGACAUUGAUGUGAUGACAAUAUAUACAACUCCAAAGAAGUUAAGGACAACCCGAUUCGUUAUAUUACUAUAUGUAAUCUGUCAUGCUGUGAUAGAUUAACAAUAGUGAUAUAAAAGAAUCAGGAGAUCCUUAACUUUUCUUACAAGUAUAGGUCAGCAUUCAUUCCUGUUUAAGUUUUCAUCUGCAUUUGUGUAAAGCGUUUGUCAAGACAUCUCAGUUUGUAAAAUAUGUUGCAAGAAUAGUUCUCAGUUUGUAAAUGUUUGUGUCAAGAAUAGUUCUCAAAUUGUUUCUUGUUUAAUGUCACACUCAGCGAUAUUCCAGCUAUAUGACAACGGUCUGUAAGUAAUCAUACCUGGACCAGAAAAUCCACUGAUUGACAUAAUGAGCACCAUCAAACACCAUCAAGGUACCAUGACAUGCAAUCAACCAAGUCACCGUGCCAACCUUCCGAUUCAUCGACACUCUGGUUGCAGGGUGGGGGACCUAUUGUGACACAAACUACCCUCAGUUCUCAGGUCGUAAAGUGGGUUCCAAGAAUAGGUCUCGGUCGUAAAGUGGGUUUUAGGAAUAGUUCUCAGGUUGUAAAGUGGGUUUUAGGAAUAGUUCUCAGGUUGUAAAGUGGGUUUUAGGAAUAGUUCUCAGGUUGUAAAGUGGGCUUUAGGAAAAGUUCUCAGGUUGUAAAGUGGGUUCC